AUGCGUUCGAGAAUCUGCUUGUACUGUAGGCAAGCGGAAUCCGAUGAUGUUGAUUGGGUUCAAUGCGAAAAAUGUCAGCGGUGGGCUCAUUUUUCUUGCGCGGGUGUUGAUUCGGAAAUAGUCAACAUCAACUGGUCGUGUCAACGAUGCAAAGUGUUGAGCGUUCCAGAUACUGCACCGAAAAGGCGUGGAAAGAAAUCGGUCUCUAAUAGCGAUGCAGGUUCCGAUCGUGGAGGUAGUUCCGUCCAAGAGCCGACUGAGAAGCAGUUGGAGGAGGAACAGCUUGCGAUGGAAAUGGAAUUCGCGAAGCAGAUGGAUUUACGGAAAGCGCGUCUUGAAAGACAGCAGGCAUGGAACGAGUUUCGUUUGAAGCAAGAGCGGGAGAUGCGCAAAUUGGAGCACCAAGCACAGCGAAAAAUGGAGGAGCAGCAGUUAGAGCAUGAGCAGGAAAUGCUGGAUAGGCAAAUGGCGGCAGAGCGAGAAUUUCUCCAGAAGCGUGAUGCGAUUAGGAAGCAAUUUGAUAACAGUGUUAUGAAGGUUAAAGCACUGAAAGAUCAAAGUGGUCCUGUUCGCAAUUCAUCGAUGAUUAAACCAACGAAAAUGGUAAAUCAAUGGCUCCAUGGAGAUAAUCGGGGUGCUCACCGCAGAAUGAAUGAUGGCGAAGAUCCAAAACGAACAGGAAUGGGCCCUGUCGACGAUGAAGGCGAUUCUGAGUGGAAUCAUGAAGUUAGCGACGGUAGUGAUGUGUCGGAAGUUCCCAGGAGUAGAAACAACCGUAGUAGAGUCCGCUUGAGUGAAGGAACAAACGGGUCGGGGUGCAGAGUUGGUCGAAUCACGAGAGAUCAGCUAGCCGCUAGAAAAGCAGUUUCUCAGAAUCUUCCGAAGUUUAAGGGAGAGCCAGAAGUUUGGCCAUUGUUCAUUAGCAGUUUCGAAUUCACCACCGCUGCUUGUGGAUUUUCGAAUCUGGAAAAUCUGAAACGUUUGCAGGAUUGCUUACAGGGUGACGCGCUUGAGGCGGUCAGAAGUCGGCUAAUUCUUCCAGAUUCCGUACCAGAUGUGAUCGGUGAUCUUCGUAAUCUUUUUGGAAGACCAGAGAAGUUGUUGAAAUCGUUACUGUCGAAGGUAAGAAGCGCUCCAGCUCCGAGAGCUGAUCGACUGGAGACAUUUUUGCAUUUUGGCAUCACUGUUAAGCAAUUAUGUGACCAUCUUGAGGCAGCACGGCUUAAUGAUCAUUUAAAUAACCCAAUGCUAGUACAAGAGUUGGUUGACAAAUUGCCACCUAGUUACAAGCUGGAUUGGGUCCGGUACAAACGAGGAAAGGUGGAUAGUUCUCUGCGAAUGUUUACAAAUUUUAUAAAUGACAUAGUCUCGGACGUGUCAGAGGUCACAGAGUUUUCUGCUUUGUCAAUGAGCGAUGCCGGGCAUUCUGGAAGAGGAAAUCUUCGGAAGAAGGAGUUCGUGCAUCUACAUGAUUCGGAUCAGAAAAGGACUGAAGUUCGGAAUGACACAGUCAGUAAGCAGUGUUGGAUUUGUAAACGAACGGAUCACCUCAUCAAAUUUUGCGAAGAUUUCAAGCGGAUGAAUGUUGCAGAGCGGUUGAGAGAAGUCGAGCGACACCAGUUAUGUAGCAUUUGCUUGAAUAAACAUGGUAACAGUUGGUGCACAUCGAAGAUUCGAUGCAUGGUGCGGAAUUGUAAGGGAAGUCAUCACUCUCUGUUGCACAGAGUGAAGGAAUCAGUACGGCUGCAGAAGGUUGAGUGCAACACGAUCGGAAAUCCGGAGAACAAUGUAAUUUUUCGGAUGAUGCCAGUGACGUUGUAUGUUGGAGAGCGUCAAUUCGAUACAGUGGCGUUUCUGGAUGAAGGGUCAUCCGCAACUCUGGUAGACGACGUAGUUGCUAAGCGAUUGAAAGCUAGAGGCACAGUAGAGCCGUUGAUAGUCACAUGGACGGGUAAUAUUAAUCGCUACGAAAACGAUUCGAUGAAGGUAGAACUAAUGAUGUCGGCAAAGGGAUCGAAGGAUAAGUAUUCGUUGUUUAAUACCCGAACGGUGUCUGAAUUAGUGCUACCGAGACAGAACGUACGAUUUGCAGAAGUGGUGAAGAGAUAUUCACAUUUGACUGGUGUACCAGUGAAGAAUUUUCCGUCGGGCAAACCGAGAAUUUUACUUGGGUUAGACAACAUCCAUCUUUUCGCGCCGCUAGAGUCACGUGUCGGUAAACCGAAUGAACCGAUUGCCGUGCGGUCAAAGAUAGGCUGGACAGUCUAUGGAACGGAGAACAGUGCACCGAGUGCUCAUACGUACUUGAAUCUACAUUCAGUCGAACCGAUGAGCAAUCAGUAUCUUCACGAUAUGUUACGAGAACAAUACGUGCUAGAUGAGACAGCUGUUACAACCUUUGCGAUACCUGAGCCUGUGGAAGAUAAACGAGCUCGAGAAAUACUCGAAUCUACUACGAAGCGUGUAGGUGACCGCUAUGAAACGGGGUUGUUGUGGCGUGAAGACGCAAGGCGAUUUCCGGAUAGCUACUCGAUGGCAGUACGACGGAUGAAAGCUCUCGACCGAAAGCUAGAGAAAAGUCCAGAACUGAAGCGUAAUGUGUGUCUGCAGAUCGAAGACUAUCAGGUCAAAGGAUACACACAUAAAGCGACCAAAGCAGAGCUAACCGAUACUCCGAGGAAUACGGUAUGGUAUUUGCUGCUAAAUGUGGUGGUGAAUCCAAGGAAGCCUGGCAAAAUACGCCUCGUUUGGGACGCUGCAGCGUCAGUAAAUGGGGUCUCCUUGAAUUCGGAGUUACUCAAAGGUCCAGAUAUGUUGGUUCCCCUGCCUCGAGUAAUUUGUCAUUUCCGGGAACGUCCGGUCGCGUUUGAAGGUGACAUACAAGAGAUGUAUCACCAGAUACUGAUCAGAUCGGAAGAUAAGCAAGCACAAUGGUUUUUGUUUCAUUCAAACGCAGAAGAGUCUCCGCAGGUGUACGUCAUGGAUGUGGCUACAUUUGGUCCCACGUGUUCCCCGUGUUCAGCUCAAUACGUAAAAAACUUGAACGCAGAGCGGUUUGUCCACGAGUAUCCGGCGGCGGUGGAAGCCAUCGUAAGACGUCAUUAUGUGGACGAUUAUUACGACAGCGUAGACACGCUCGAAGAAGCAGUGCAACGUGCAAACGAAGUGAAGUAUAUUCAUUCGUGCGGAGGAUUUCAUAUUAGGAAUUGGGUGUCGAACUCAGCUAACUUUCUUGAAGAGUUGGGGGAACAAAUCGCUGAUUCUGCCGUGCAUUUCAACCGAAAUAAGAGCACCGAACACGAACGUGUGUUGGGGAUCACGUGGGAUCCGGUUCAGGAUGUUUUCUAUUUUGCUUCAAUAUCAAAAUCGGAGUACAAUCAGGUUCUUCGCGGAGAAGAACACCCGACUAAGAGAGUCGUACUCAGCAUUGUGAUGGCACAAUUCGAUCCUGUAGGACUUCUCGUUCCAGUCACUAUUCUGGGAAAAAUGCUGGUUCAAGAUCUUUGGCGAACAGGAUGUGAAUGGGACGAAACUAUCGAUGAUUUAUCGUUCAAGAAGUGGCUACGCUGGACGAACAUCUUGUUAGACGUAGAAUCAUUUAGGCUACCGCGAAGCUAUUUCGGAAACGCAAGAUCAGAGGAGAUCGAAGACGUACAGCUUCACAUCUUUGCAGAUGCUAGCGAGACUGCAUAUGGAUGCGUGGCGUAUUUCCGCGCAAUCGUGAGAGGCAAAGUAGUAUGCUCGUUAGUGAUAAGCCGAGCGAAGGUUGCUCCGUUAAAACAGCUUUCUAUUCCGAGGCUAGAGCUUCAAGCAGCAGUGCUUGGAGCCAGACUAUCAAAAACAGUGCAGGAUAAUCACAAUUUUUCGAUAAGCCGUGUGGUGUUUUGGAUCGACGCAGAAGUUGUGUUGUCGUGGAUUCGUUCUGAUCAGCGCCGCUAUAAGCAAUUUGUAGGUUUUCGAAUCGGAGAAAUCCUUAGUCUAACGAAACUGACAGACUGGUACGGUAUUCCAACGAGACUUAACAUUGCAGAUCAGAUUACAAAAUGGGGUAAAGAUCCAGAGAUACACCCAAAUAGUCCGUGGGUUCGUGGACAACCGUUUUUAUACAACGUGGAAGAUUGGCCAAAAAAAGCUUACCACCGGGAAACACCACUGAAGAACUACGCUCUCACUUGUUGUUACACGACGUGA